ACUCACUCUUCUUUAAGGCCAGCUGAUUCAGGAUAAUUGGGUAAAUGGUAACAUCAGAAAAUCCCAUGGGCAUUCACCCAUUGCUUGACUUUUUUUAGGAAUUCCUUUUAUAGGAAUAAAAGAAGUUUCUUAUUCAGAGCAAUAUUGGGUGGCUUAUUAUGAUGACAGCAAAUAUGGCAAUGUUAAGUCCAUGGAUGGCAGUAGCAGCAGAAUCAUGGCAUGCAGGGGAAGCAAAUCUAUACCCAGUGUAAGUGCCUACUCCAGGAGGGAAGAGAUCUGAUAGAAUUGACCUGCAGCCAAGUUGUUUCCAAGUCCUCCUUACAGAGUGUUCCUUCUAUUAUAUUAUACCAAUGAAUCUCUGGCCUCUGAACUUCUUUCAACACUGGCAAUGGCUGAAGCCACUUUUGAGUUAACCAACCAAACACACAGAACCAAGAAUACCUGACAUCCUCUGAGAGCCAAGCAAAGAACAUUAAGGAAGAAAGGAGGGAUGACACUGGACAGAGUGCAGUGAACAAAGACACUUGAAGGAGCAGGGCACCCACUGCCCAGAGACUGGACUGUGUCAUCAGAAUGAGAACUUACCGGUACUUCUUGCUACUCUUUUGGGUUGGUCAGCCCUACCCAACUUUCUCAACUCCGUUAUCUAAGAGGACUAGUGGUUUCCCAGCAAAGAAAAGGGCCCUGGAGCUCUCUGGAAACAGCAAAAAUGAGCUGAACCGUUCGAAAAGAAGCUGGAUGUGGAAUCAGUUCUUUCUCCUGGAGGAAUACACGGGAUCCGAUUAUCAGUAUGUGGGCAAGUUACAUUCAGACCAGGAUAGAGGAGAUGGAUCACUUAAAUAUAUCCUUUCAGGAGAUGGAGCAGGAGAUCUCUUCAUUAUCAAUGAAAACACAGGAGACAUACAGGCCACCAAGAGGCUGGACAGGGAAGAAAAACCUGUUUACAUCCUUCGAGCUCAAGCUAUAAACAGAAGGACAGGGAGACCCGUGGAGCCCGAAUCUGAAUUCAUCAUCAAGAUCCAUGACAUCAACGACAAUGAACCAAUAUUUACCAAGGAUGUUUACACGGCCACUGUUCCCGAAAUGUCUGAUGUUGGCACAUUUGUUGUCCAAGUCACCGCAACUGAUGCUGAUGAUCCAACUUAUGGCAACAGUGCUAAAGUUGUGUAUAGUAUCCUACAGGGGCAGCCCUAUUUUUCAGUUGAAUCAGAAACAGGUAUCAUCAAGACAGCUUUGCUCAACAUGGAUCGAGAAAACAGAGAGCAGUACCAAGUGGUGAUUCAAGCCAAGGAUAUGGGUGGCCAGAUGGGGGGAUUAUCUGGGACCACCACGGUGAACAUCACGCUAACUGAUGUCAACGACAACCCUCCCCGGUUUCCCCAGAGUACAUACCAGUUUAAAACCCCUGAAUCUUCUCCACCGGGUACACCAAUUGGCAGGAUCAAAGCCAGCGACGCUGACAUGGGAGAAAACGCCGAAAUUGAGUACAGCAUUACAGAGGGAGAAGGGCUGGACAUGUUCGAUGUCGUCACCGACCAAGAAACUCAGGAAGGAGUUAUUACUGUCAAAAAGGUCUUGGACUUUGAAAAGAAGAAAGUGUACACCCUCAAAGUGGAAGCCUCCAAUCCUCAUGUUGAACCCCGCUUUCUCUACCUGGGUCCAUUCAAAGAUGCAGCUACGGUCAGAAUCAUGGUGGAAGAUGUGGAUGAGCCUCCUGUCUUCAGCAAACUGGCCUACAUCCUACAAAUAAGAGAAGAUGCUCAGAUAAACACAACCAUAGGCUCAGUCACAGCCCAAGAUCCUGAUGCUGCCAGGAAUCCUGUCAAGUAUUCUGUUGAUCGACACACAGAUAUGGACAGAAUAUUCAACAUUGAUUCUGGAAAUGGUUCAAUUUUUACGUCGAAACUUCUUGACCGAGAAACAUUGCUGUGGCACAACAUUACAGUAAUAGCAACAGAGAUCAAUAAUCCAAAGCAAAGCAGCCGAGUCCCUCUAUAUAUUAAAGUUCUAGAUGUCAAUGACAAUGCCCCGGAAUUUGCUGAAUUCUAUGAAACCUUUGUCUGUGAAAAGGCAAAAGCAGAUCAGUUGAUUCAGACCCUACGAGCCAUUGACAAAGACGACCCUUAUAGCGGGCACCAAUUCUCAUUCUCUUUGGCCCCUGAAGCAACCAGUGGCUCAAAUUUUACCAUUCAAGACAACAAAGAUAACACAGCAGGAAUCUUAACUCGGAAAAAUGGCUAUAAUAGACACGAGAUGAGCACCUAUCUCCUGCCUGUGGUCAUUUCAGACAACGACUACCCAGUCCAAAGCAGCACUGGGACAGUAACUGUCCGGGUCUGUGCAUGUGACCACCAUGGGAACAUGCAGUCCUGCCAUGCGGAGGCCCUCGUCCACCCCACGGGACUGAGCACAGGGGCUCUCAUUGCCAUCCUUCUGUGCAUCGUGACCCUACUAGUGACGGUGGUGCUGUUCGCAGCUUUGAGGCGGCAGCGGAAAAAAGAACCUUUGAUCAUUUCCAAAGAGGACAUCAGAGACAACAUUGUCAGUUACAACGACGAGGGUGGCGGAGAGGAGGACACCCAGGCCUUUGAUAUCGGCACCCUGAGGAACCCCGAAGCCAUAGAGGACAGCAAAUUACGCAGGGACAUCGUGCCCGAGGCCCUCUUUCUGCCCCGACGGACUCCAGCAGCUCGAGACAACACCGACGUCCGGGAUUUCAUUAACCAAAGGUUGAAGGAGAACGACACGGACCCCACCGCGCCGCCCUACGACUCCUUGGCCACCUACGCCUACGAGGGCACCGGCUCGGUGGCCGACUCGCUGAGCUCGCUGGACUCGGUGACCACGGAGGGAGACCAAGACUACGACUACCUUAGCGACUGGGGCCCGCGGUUCAAAAAGCUGGCAGACAUGUACGGAGGCGUGGACAGUGACAAAGACUCCUAAUGCGUUGCCUUUGUCACCUCGCAGUCCGCCGCCCAAGGACCUGCAGUGGCGACGCCCGCCUCCGCGUCCACUGCUCCGCGAAGGCUUCUCGGUGGUGCCCGUGCCCGACGUCGACGGCUGCAGUCCGGGGGAACCCAACGCGAGGGACUUUUUUCUAGUACACUUUUAUGAGCUUCCAAGAGGCAAAGGUUUAUUUUUUAGCGCAUCCAGUUAUCCAUGUCGGUCAGCCCCCCAGGCCCCGUGCUGGAAGAGAGAACCAGGAGUGAGAUUUUCCCUUGCUCUCCUAGGGCGGGUUGGGAACACGCUCAGUGUCACUGGCCCGGCCUCCCUACCACACUCCAUUGACUCAGGUCAGCUGACUGCUCUGGCUGUACAUUUCACACGCUAAUGGGAUGAGGGACUGUGCUUUAACGAUAAAAAUAUAGUUUUAGUGGGAAGAAAUGAGGCAGGAACAACUGUGAGGUUGGUCCUGGUAUAUCCGCUCGCAAGGAGAUGAUGGACUGUGUAUAUUGGGUGUGUUUUAGGGGUGUGUCCCAAAGUAUUUAAAAUGGCAUUUGCCUGUCCUAUGUGUUCUUCAAGAACUUUUUCUGGCACCAGUGACCAUUCAAAGCAUCAAAUCCACCAAUGUUUUAAGAUUCUGGGUCCUCUUUAGGACUAGAAACAAAUCAAAUGGUAAUAUUAAAAAACAACAAACAAAACGUAAUGAUAUCUCAUUCCUGGCCACUAACUCAUAAUUGUUUUAUAUAUUAAACACACAAAAGUUUGCCCUUGCACCGUAUAAAGAGAAAGGGAAAAUAGCUAAUGAUGUCAACAAAGGAAAUAUUUAGCAUAUUUUAAAGCUCGGGCCACCAAAUGUACUACAGAUCACUUAAAAUUACUUCGACCAUCAGUAUCAGUAAACUAAUCACAAGUAAGUCUAAUUGUUUCAAAUUCUCAAAGAAACUUUUCUGAGACAAAUUUUAACUCCUUGUCUGUAGUUGUUGUCAGUAUUAUUCUAAUAUACUUGAAAGUAGCCGUGUGAAGUACAAUUCAUAUUCUUGAUGCUUCGUACACAAUUAAGUUACAUUAGUAAAGGUAGAUUAGAAAAACUCAAAUCCUGCCCUCAGAGUUUAAUGGGGAAAUGGGAGCCAGCCACACUUGAACCUGAUAACUUGUCCUUCACAUCUGGAAACAUCUAUAUAUUUAUAUGAUGUGAUAUAGAUGUAUUGUUGAGAUCACAGUGAAAAACUACACAUUACAUGUUUGGAAUAUGCUUACGAAGGGAAAAAUUUGAUUCCCUUCAACGAGAGUGUUUAAGAUGGUAUUAAAAUGAUAGUUGACAUUCAAAAGCAUUAAUAUUUUUCCAUUGUUUUUAACUUCGUUGCUAUGGCAACCCUGCCAUCCUUGUCUUUGAACCAAUGAUAAAAGUAAUGGUCUCAAACUACAACAGAAAAGUAAUGUACAAUCCAUCCAAUCUAUUAUUUCUCUAAUUAUGCAAUUAGCAUCAUAGUUAUUAUCCAGAGGACCCAACUGAACUGAACUAAUCCUUUUGGCAGGUUCAAAUCAUUUAUUUCAUAUGGCUGUUCUAAUGAUUUGUAUCAUUAGAAUCUUACAUUGUGCAGUCAUCAGAAAAUUCCAAAGUACUGUAAUGAAAACAUUGUUGUUUCAAAAACUUAGAAAAGAAAAAAACCCAGGCUCUGUAUAUAUCUAUAUAUCUAUAUAUCUAUAUAUAUUAUGUACUUAAGAA